AUGUCCCCUGAGGAACCCCCUCAAAAGCGCCAACGCGCCUCUCAAUCCCAACAUAUACCAGCCCCCCCGCCCGUCCCGGAGGCUACUAUUUCCGGCCCAUCGCCGGGGGAAUGGCACGCCCGCCAUCCGCUGUCGCCAGCAGACUACAACAGCCAUAACUACAGCUCCCCGCACUCUGGCGCAACAUUCGACUCUCCAUCCAACGGGUGGUACCAAGAUGGCUUCGCCCAAGACCCAGGGUUCCUGGCCUCGCAGGAAGAACUACGAGGAAUACUCUUUUCGCUCGCGCACUCGGCUGCGCCCACGCGCGCAGCAACGCCCGCUGGCGGGAGACUAGACGAUAAAUCGACCGAUCAGGUAGAGCCGUCUGUCUUUCCCCUUCCUGCGCAGCAGUGGGAGUUGCUUCGGCCGCCUCUGUCCAGUACUCGGCGCGUGGAGUACUUGAAGAAUUAUAUCACGCAAGUUGCGCCGUGGCUCGAUAUGUUUGACUCACAAUGCAGCUUUCAGCAGCAACUUCCCGCAUUAGCACGGACGUUUCCGCCGCUUUCUUAUGCCAUUCUGGCUAUCUCUGCAAGGCAUCUGGAGCGCAAAAAUGGCAUCAAAGAUCAGUUUGAUAGUCUCGAGCUGUACCAAGAGGCAAUAGGACUGUUGAGUCCGGUCCUUCAGGUCCGUGAUCCUAAGAUUGUCGCCGCCUGCGUUCUUUUGUGUUGUUUAGAGAUGAUGUCUGCACGCGCCCAGGACUGGCGCCGCCAUCUUGAAGGCUGUGCGGCCUUGUUUGAUGCAUUUGGCAUUCACGGGUUUAGUCAAGGCUUGCUACGGGCCAUUUUUUGGUGCUACGCUAGAAUGGAUCUCUGUGGUGCGCUUAUCUCCGAUGGCACCCAAACCACUCUCUUACAUCCUUCCAGAUGGAUCCCCCCAAGGUAUCCGGACGAAGACGCUCACACUCUAUUCCGCGAUGUCAAGUCGCCGGAUAUGCAUGCAAAUUACGCUGUAUACUUAUGUGCACGGGCAACAGAGAUUGUAUCAGAUCGCACCAAGUUCCUGGAGUUGGGGGAGCAGAACGGAUGUACCUUGGAGCUAUUCAGCUCACGUUGGCUCCAGCUUUGGAAUGACCUGCAGUGUUGGCUGGCUGAGAGGCCCUCGGAAUUAAUCCCUAUCCAGACGAUGAACAGCAAGCCCUUCCCACGCAUCUUAUUUGCGCAUUGGGCGGCGAUAUCUUCAAACCAACUAUACCACACAGCAUGCAUUUUACUGCUGAAAAUGAUGCCAAAGUCGAUCCAUCUCCCUCGAUCUCCCAGCUUAUCCACGCUCUGGCAUGCUCGUCGCAUAUGUGGCAUCUCCCUCACCAACCCCCAUCAGGGAUGCCUGAAUAAUGCCAUUCAGCCUUUGUGGAUUGCAGGCAGACUGUUCAGUCACGCGUCGGAGCACGAAGAGAUCGUCAAGUUGAUCCGGGACAUUGAAGCGAAUACGGGUUGGGGAACUUGCUGGCGAAUUCACGAUUUGGAAGUCUCGUGGGGUUACAGUACUCGUCGAACGAAGAGUGACUUAAACCAGCAGUUUUUCCGACCACAUGGAUCACAGAGGACAGACUCCUGA